AUGAGAGCAGAUCAGCUAUGUAUUCAGCCCUUCAAGCAGGCUAGAGUAGAUCCUCCUGCUAGGGGGUUGCAUUUCCAAACGAUAGGAAAAGCUGAUAGCAGAGGAAAUUGCAGCGAGCUCCAACCUAUGAAGAUCAAAAAGUCCCCAGGAACCCCUGAUUUCUUUAUAUCAGUGAUUGAUACAAAAGAAUUUAAUGUCCCUACAUUAGAGCAAACUCUUUCCCUUUUAGAUAAUGUUCAUGUUAAGGGGUAUAAAAUUAAGAACCCCGUUAAGAACAACGAUAAGAGUCAAAAAGUCAGAGGUCUCACAAUUCCUCAACAAAUGAAUUUACUAAAGCGCGGAUAUCGAAACAUUAUCAUUGCAGCAGUUGACUCUGGUAUUAUUAAUAUGACAUCUGUAGCAGAUGUUCCAUUCGGGCAAGAACAUGUAUAUUAUCCUUACAAUUGA